AUGGCCACGAGCACUUCUACUGCCACUUUCACUAAGAGCAAUGAUCCUACAGCACAGCAUGGAUACCCACGCGAGCCCUUGAAGUCGAAAGGUGUACUGAAUGCAUAUAAAUCGUUCGAGGUCACGCCAGUCAUCGGUCGCGAGUUUGUUGAUCGUGGUGUUGUCUACUUUCGCAAGCAGGAUGACUUGACCGAUGAGCUUCAGAAAGAGCUGGCACAACGUCUCGGCGAGCUCUCGGGUAAGCCAGAAACAUCCAAAUUACAUAUUCACCCAGUCAGAAAUGCCGGAAACCGUCUGGGGGGCAACGACAAUGAGAUAAGUGUCAUCAGCUCAGACCUGGCGAAGCAGCUCUUCAAGGAGAGGUCACAGAGCGGCAAAAGUGGCUGGCACAGCGACAUCACUUUCGAGCCAGUACCAAGCGACUAUGCGAUCUUAAGGAUGACUCAGCUACCAAAAUCUGGAGGCGACACUCUUUGGGCCUCUGGAUAUGACCUUUACGAUCGCCUCUCGAAACCAUACCAGAAGUUCUUCGAGUCUCUUACAGCGACAUACGCGCAGCCGGAUUUCAAUCGUGCUGCCAAAGAAAAUAACUUCCCCGUUUACACCGCUGCGCGAGGUGCACCGGAGAACACUGGCGACUCACUGAGCGCUGUUCACCCCUGCGUCCGUACGAACCCCGUCACAGGAUGGAAGUCUCUCUACAGCGUCGGGCACCAUGUCCAACGUAUCAAUGAGUUGAGUGCAGAAGAAUCAAAGCGCACUAUAGAUUGGUUUCUACAGCUCAUUACUGAAAAUCACGAUCUGCAGAUCAGACAUAGAUGGCAGAAUCCAAAUGACGUGGCUAUCUGGGACAACAGGAGCGUGUUACACACCGCGACGUAUGAUACCGACGGUCAGGGCCCGAGGAAGGGGUUUAGAGUUGUCAGCUUGGGCGAGCGACCAUAUCUGGAUCCGCAAAGUAUGAGUAGGCUGGAAGCGUUGAGGCUGGAGGAGGGACAGUAG